CACAAGAGACAAUUUAAAAAGAAAAAAAAAACAGACAGACAGAUCUCUCCCUCCGUCGUCUUUGACUCUUUUGGUUUCAUUCUACUUGGUCGGAGAAAGAUGUCUCCGGUAGCAACAAGAGCAAAGCUUCACGUAGCGAUGGUGGUGUUUCAGACGGGAUACGCGGGGAAUCACGUGAUCAUGAGAUUUGCUCUAAACUUGGGAGUAAGCAAACUCGUCUUCCCACUUUACCGGACCAUCAUCGCUCUCUCUGUUCUUGCUCCCUCUGCUUACUUCCUUGAAAAAAAAGAAAGGCCAGGGAUGAACACCAGUUUACUGAUUCAGUUCUUCCUUCUUGGACUUGUCGGCAUAACAUUAAACCAAGGCUUUUACAUAUUUGGAUUGGACAAUACCUCACCAACAUUCGCAUCAGCAACUGAGAAUGCUGUUCCUGCUGUUUCAUUCCUCAUGGCCGCUUUGCUCGGAAUAGAGAAGGUAGAGUUGAAGAGGAGAGAUGGUAUAGCCAAAGUGGUGGGCACAUUUGUAUCGGUGGCAGGUUCUUUGGUCAUAACGCUAUAUAAAGGGCCAACCAUUUACGAACCGAGCCAGCGUAUAAUGGACCAGUCCAUAGUAAAUGGUGGAUCAGAAAGAGAGGAAGAAAACAAGAACUGGACGUUGGGAUGUCUGUGCUUGAUGGGUCACUGCUUAUGCUGGUCAAGCUGGAUUGUGUUACAAUCACCAUUGCUUAAGAAGUACCCUGCUCGAUUCUCCUUCAUCUCGUGCUCAUGCUUUUUCGCAGUAAUCCAGUUCUUUGGCAUCUCUGCUUAUUUCGAGAGAGAUGUGGAGAGCUGGAAGAUACUAUCAGGAGGGGAAGUGUACGCGUUGCUAUACACUGGAUUGGUGGGAUCAGCGAUGGUGUUUGCAAUACAAAUAUAUGUGGUGGAGAGAGGGGGACCUCUGUUUGUAUCAGCCUACUUGCCACUACAAACUCUAGUAGCUGCUGUUUUAGCCACCUUUGCUCUUGGUGAACACUUGUACCUUGGAGGAAUGAUUGGGGCAAUACUAAUCAUUAGUGGACUCUACUUGGUUGUGAUGGGAAAGAGUUGGGAGAGUCAAGCUCUAAUUGUUAGCCGCCAACAGCAACAACGCUUUGUUUAUUCAGCAACAGACGAAGAUGGUGAUGAAGAAGAGCAUAACAAAGAAAAGAGAUGUAGUAUCAUUCAACCAUUAAUUACAUCUUAAGCUCUGCUCUCUCUCCAAAUGGUAACCUGCGGAACUACUGCGAAAUAACUGCUGUUCGGUUCUAAUUGUAACAGAAAACAUAUACACAAGUAUAUGUAAAAAAUUCUGUUACUAUUAAGGGUGGUGCAGUUGGUCACCAUUGAUACCAUUCCGAACUUUAAAUAAUAAAAAUUGCACGAUUACUUCA